GCUCGGCUGCUGCAGCGGCCGCACAAGUCACAUUUCAGCCCCUCUCUCGCUCCUCCCCUUUUCAGUGCAAACUUCUUUGAACACGUUGGGCUGGGGUGCGACCUGGUGGCAGGGAGGGACGGUUGCGGUGGCCUGUCCGGACACAUCAGCGAGAGGGAUGCCCGGAGGGGGGGGGGGGCAGCGGCAAGGGACAAUCGGACUCCCAGGGGGGCUGCUGCUGCCCCGAGAGGCCCGCUGGGGGGGGGGAGGGGGCGCACAGGGGGCCCGUGCUGGGCCCCCAGUCCCCGGUGAGGUCUGCGGCUGCUGCGAAGGAGACGAGGGGCCGGGAGGUUGGGCUUUGCUCCUAGGCGCUCCCUGCCACUCCUGCGAAGUGCCCCGCGCUGGGUGGGGUGCCUGGCGCUGCAGGGCAGCGGACCCAAGCACUCCCUGCGCUCCGCCUUCCCUUGCCCGGGGUGGGCUGAGGAGCGCGCGGGAGCCGCCGCUGCGCCAGCGCGCGGACUCCCAGCCCUCGCGCCGGCCGGCGGAGAGGCUCUGCGAUUCCGCCUCCCCCUCCUCGGGGGGAGGGGGAGCGCGCGCCAGCAGCCUGCGCGCGCGCACACUCUCCUCCCCCGCCCAGCCGCCUCGCGCUGCUGGUGCACACAGCACUCCGGAGCGGCUCCUCUUCGCGGCGCCGCUGCAGUCUGGCUGCUCGGCUCCAAGUUCCCCCAUCUUCAGCAUCCUCCUCUCUGGUGACUAGCGCACGGGGAGGGGGGGGACUCCCCCUCGCCCACCCCUUCUCGGAGCGCCUCCUGCUGCUGCUCCCAGGUUUUGCAAAGAGCAGCUAUGAAGAGGAAACUGACACUCUACAAGAUGCAGUUGGGUCUUCUCGUUUUAUUGGUGGGGGUGCCAACAAGAUCAGUGCUGGCUGACUCCCUAGAAGAUGAAGCUAAGAAUAACAUCACCAUCUUUACAAGAAUACUAGACAGACUUCUGGAUGGUUAUGAUAAUCGUCUUAGACCUGGAUUAGGAGACAGUAUAACUGAAGUCUUCACUAACAUCUACGUAACCAGCUUUGGACCUGUUUCAGACACAGACAUGGAGUACACGAUAGAUGUUUUCUUCCGUCAAAAAUGGAAAGAUGAGAGGUUAAAGUUUAAAGGCCCAAUGAACAUCCUUCGACUGAACAACUUAAUGGCUAGCAAGAUCUGGACCCCAGACACAUUCUUUCACAAUGGGAAAAAGUCAGUAGCUCAUAACAUGACAAUGCCAAACAAACUACUACGAAUCCAGGAUGAUGGAACUCUCUUGUAUACCAUGAGGCUUACAGUCCAAGCUGAAUGUCCAAUGCACUUGGAGGACUUUCCUAUGGAUGCUCAUUCAUGCCCAUUGAAAUUUGGCAGCUAUGCAUACACAACUUCAGAAGUGACCUACAUUUGGACUUACAAUGCCUCUGAUUCCGUACAGGUUGCACCGGAUGGCUCUAGAUUGAAUCAGUAUGAUUUGCUAGGCCAAACAGUUGGAAAGGAGACAGUUAAAUCGAGUACAGGUGAAUAUACAGUAAUGACCGCUCAUUUUCACUUAAAGAGAAAAAUUGGUUAUUUUGUGAUUCAGACUUACCUUCCCUGCAUCAUGACAGUCAUUCUCUCCCAAGUGUCGUUCUGGCUGAACAGAGAAUCUGUACCUGCAAGAACAGUCUUUGGAGUAACAACUGUGUUGACAAUGACAACGUUGAGUAUCAGUGCACGAAAUUCCCUCCCCAAAGUCGCUUAUGCAACAGCCAUGGAUUGGUUUAUUGCUGUUUGUUAUGCAUUUGUAUUCUCUGCAUUGAUAGAAUUUGCCACUGUAAAUUACUUCACAAAACGAGGAUGGGCAUGGGAUGGAAAAAGCGUAGUCAAUGAUAAGAAAAAAGAAAAAGCAUCUGUCAUUAAGAAAAACAAUGCCUAUGCAGUGGCUGUUGCCAAUUAUGCUCCAAAUAUUACCAAGGACUCAGUGCUACCAACAAUCUCCAAGAGUGCUACAACCACAGAACCCAACAAGGCAAAGCCAGAAGCCAAGCCACAAGAAGCAAAGAAAACAUUCAACAGUGUUAGCAAAAUUGACAGAAUGUCUAGAAUAGUGUUUCCAGUCUUAUUUGGUACUUUUAACUUAGUGUACUGGGCUACAUAUUUAAACAGGGAACCUGUCUUACUUGGGUUUGCUCCCUCAACCUAAAAGCUGAAUUACACUGGGAAUGUAUAGCAUCAUUAUAUCAGAUAGGUUGUUUUGCUAUGUACAGUACGACUAAUAACUGCUAAUCUGUGAACCAAUAUGUACAGAGUGUAUAUAGAUAUCUUAUCCGUGUAUCUCCAAAGGAGAGACACAGUGUUUAUUCAUGGAUCUGUAAACGGAUAACACCCAUGGCUAAUAUAGCCAGCUCUUUAGAAGUUCUACCCAGGGGAUUUCCUUUAAACUGGGAUUCAAAUGCACAGAAUUAUAUCUUCUCCAUACAAUUAGAGGAAAAUAUGGUCCUGCAUAACUAUUUAGGAAUGAUAUUUUUUUAAUUUAAAGUUAAAAUAUUUUUCUAUAAAAUAACUGAUUGAUUCUACUUUAAUGGGAGAAGCCGUCAUUAAAAAUGAUUUUUUUUUAAAAAAAAAUCUUAUUUCAUACAAUGGGAGUGCCCAUGUAUAUAUUAUAGACUGAUGAGCUCAAACUAUUCUGUUGUUCACAACCAUUUUGGAAAGUAGUUAUGUUUAAAACUUAGUAAAGACUAUUGGAAUGCUAAAGCCAUUAGUUCCUUACUUCAAGACCUGCUUUGAACUUGUUAAUGAAGUAUUCCAACUCAUUUAAGUGAGCAGUGGAGAGCAUCAAUCAACUUCCACUAGAAAAACUUUUUUUUUCUCCUCAGUGUUUGUUUUUCUGAGGUUGCUGAACCAAGUUCUCCUUUCCAGCAAGGUCAGAAAAGGUAUUUUGGUUUUUUUUUUAAUUAGAUUGACAUCAGGCUCAUAACUAUUGGUAAUUGACACUCAAAUUUUUUAGGGUCAAGUAUAUCAGAAAUAUAAAAUGCUCUUUUUCCUCCUUAGUAUUUACAGGAAAAUCUGCCUUAAAAAGGCUUCCUCACAUCUGCCCAUAGAAGCCACUGUUUUCAAAGGAAACUGCAGUUUGUGAUUGCAGUCCAGGAAGUUGUCCUCAUCGAUAAGAUUUAUUGCUGCUUUUGUAAAUUGCAACUUUACAUUUCACUGACAUCACUUAACAACUUUGUAUACUAGAAAGGGUUUUGCUAAGAUUUGAGUGUUAUUUUUAAUAAACUUCAGUGCACCAUCAGUAACUGUCAGUUAUUUCAUACACAAAAUAUAACAAAAUUGGAGCUGCCAUUUGCAAUUUUAUAUGAAUAUUUAAUGUUAGUAAAAUUAAUUUUCAUCUGAACCUUUGCAAAUAUUCCGUAUGCCCUGAAAGGCCUGGUAAAUCAUGGCAUACCUAAUAAUUGUGCACUGUAUUUAGAUUUUAAUAUACUUGGCUAAUCAAAAAUAUUUUGAUUCACAUAUACAUUAGCAGUUACUAGUUGGCCUUUUAAAAUAGAUACACCUUUAUGAUGGUGUGUUUACAGUAGAAACAUAUGUCAUCGUAUAGUGUCAUUUAUUGCAGUUUUGUACAGUACUUGAGUAUAGUGCAUAAAAUAGGUAUGUUCAAAGUUUGACAAACUGGUACAAAUAUUUCUAAAAUGAAUAAAUGAAUUAUCUUAAGACAUGGAAACUAGCAAAAACAAAGAAGAAGAAUCUAACAUUGCUUUUUUUGCUGUUUAAUUUUCUUGUCUUUUUCUUUGUUUUUAAUGUGAUUCUAUUUUGUGCUUUGCAUGACAGUAUAGAUGCCAAGGUCACAAAUGCAUUUUAUUAGUAGACUUUACAAUGAAGACAGACUUGACUUUAGUCAAGCAAGAUAUUCCAUAUAACAUCAGUAAAAUAGAAAGGAGAACCACUGGUGAAAUGUGUAUUCCCUUCAUCCCCUCUAAUAAAACCAUCUUUAUUCAUCAACGGUAGUUGAAAAACAAGCACUUUACUCAAAACAUUAAAAUAGAAAUAUCCUUAUUUUCAUAUAUAUAUUUAUAUAUAAAUGUAGAUCUUCCAUUUAAUACAGAGAUGUGUGCAAUAGGGUGAUAAAGUGUAAAAGGUUUGAAGGCAAGCAAUAAAAAGGUUUUUCAUGGUAUAAUUAUACAUUUUAAAAAUGUUUUAUUUGUAAAUUAUAAAAGAUCCCUUUAAUGUCAUAGUUUCCAGGUAUAACAUAUGUACAUAUGUAGAAUAUUUGUAAGUAUUGGUUUGGUAGAAAAAUCCUUUCAUGUUUCUCUCUGUUUCUGGUAAAGGGCUGUGACUGUGUAGUAUAGUGGAGGCCCAAGCUUAUCUGCUCUCAGACUCAGAGUGGGUUGAUGGCUGUUUUCAUGUACCUUUCGGCACCAUCCUGCAAUCUGAUGGGGGCUCUCAACUCCCAUUAACCUCAACAGGAGUUGAGGACUAUCAGCACCUCACAGGUUUGUGCUUAUAAAGAGUAAAGUCUGUAUUCUACCCCAAUUACAUCCCAGAUAGCUCAGCAACGUUAGGUUUGCUGUCUCAAAUAAUGGGAAGUCGGAACUCUGCCCUCUAGAUACAUGAGCAGUGUUUAAUUUGUGCCAGGGCUGAGCCCCAGCACCUCUAGGCUUGGCAUUUCAUAGCCCCCGGCACCUCUGUGUUUGCUGUAUCAGUCAUGAAUGUAAAAAAAAAAAAAUGGUUUGAGCCCUGGCACCUAAUUGCUAAAGCUCUGGCGCCUCUUUCAUUACAAAUUAAGCACUGUAUAUGAGUGUGUCCAGAGGUGCAUUUGAUUGUGUGACGGGAGAGGGCUGUAUAUUUUUUUUUACACACAAAGAUAUCUGACUUACAGAAUCAAGCAAGUCCUGUCUUCGCUUGAGAAAAAUAACAUGUUUAAUUUAUAGCUGCACUGGGACUGCGGUAAAUUGUGCACCCUCAACUUCACAGAGGGCCUGCUCCUGUUCCCACCUAAAUCAAUGGGAGUUUUGGGAGCAGAGUCAAAAAUAAUGCCUUAGGAGCAACUAUUUAAUUCACUGAACAGUCCCUCUAGACUUGUGCAACACCUAGAGUAAAUCGCAUAACCACCAGACCUUUAUCGCAUACUUACCACAUAGAAAAACAGACACCAUGUCAAUGCAAUCUGUGUGCAUAAAUAUGCUUUCAGAGAGCUACAUGCAGUCAGUUGAAUUUGCAAGGGCAUUUCUCAAAGCAGAGUUUCAGCUUGAAGCCUUGUACAGUUGGUCUAAAUUUAAUGUUGGCUUCUUUUGUUUAUUGCAUUUUAAGCAAUUUCUAUCAGUUGUCCUUAUGAUUCCAGCGUUAAAUCAUUUAUGAUGAUGAAAAUGACUAAAAAUAAAACUGGUGAGUUCUUAAGAGUGACAACUGUAUAGCUGAAUGCAAAGAUUUAUGUGAACACAAGUAUCCGGACGUGAAUUUUGAAAUGCCAGCCUUAGGGGGUUUUUUUAAUUCAUUUUAGUCUGUGGCCAAGAUUUUUCAAACCUUAAAAAUUAGGCUCCUAAAUUCAUAUUUAGGCACCUUCAUAGGAGCUGAGCACUUGGAAUACAUCUACAACAAGGGGAAAAAACACAUGGCUGGCCUGGGUCAGCUGACAGUUGCGGUGUAGAUGUUAGGGCUUGGGCUGGAGCCUGAGAUCUGGGACCCUCCACUCUCCCAGGGUCCCAGAACUCAGAUGCCAGCCCAAUCCCGAAUGUCUGCACAGCAAAUUUUAGCCCCACAGGUGAAGCCUUGUGAGUCCGAGUCAGCUGACUCAGGAGAGCUGCGGCCGUGCUGCGGGUCUUUUAUCCCUGUGUAGACGUAGCCUUGGAAGCCUGAUCAAUUUCAAUAUGAUUUGUUGAUGUUAAGCAUUUCCAAAAAUCAGCCCACUUUUAUUUAAGAGAUUAAUUUAUGGAUGUAGGAACCUAAAUUUGAAUUUUUGGCCUAACUUCUGUCCCUUUCUAGUUUAUUCCCACCCCCUCUGCCCUUCCAAGGCUAUUCUCCCAAGCCUUCUGGUAUUGCAUUUCUUACGUGACCCCAAAAAUAAAUAAUUUAAAAUUAAUUAAAAUUAAAUAUAAUAAAAAUUAUUUAAAAUAUAAAUUAUAACAAAUAUUCUAAAAAUAUUAGAAUUAAAAUUUAAUUCUAAUAAUUUAAAACUAUAAAAAAAAUAAAAUUGCCUAACACUGUGGUACUGGGCUCAACAUGGUUCCAAGCUAGGGUUAAAGAAUAGCUUUUCGAUGUAGGGACUGCAACAUUUACUCCUUGAUGAAUAAGGCUAGAGAAUAGUACCCAAAUAUUAAUAGUAAUUUGGAAUUAGGGGGUGAGAAAAGAUAGAGAGCCCAGGGUUUAUCAAUCUUGGCACCCUCUGUGGUAGUCUCCUAUCUUAGUGUGUCUGUUGUAAUGCACUGGCUUCCAAACAUUCUUGUUGAUGCUUUCAGACCGACAAAGUAACUUCACCUUUUAUUUAUAUUUAAUGCAGCUGCAAACUCCUGUGCUAUUGUGAUUUUUAUUUAUGUCCUUAUGUUCUCCCAGCACUUUAGUGUACAUUUUUUGCCUUAUUCAAAAUGGCCACCAGGUCCUAUUAUUUGAAUUGGUGUGAAGUUACAUGGGCCCAGAUAUUCACAGGUAUUUAGUCUCCUAACUUCCAUUGAAAUCAAUGGAAGUUAAGAGUCUAAAUAUCUUUGAGGAUCUGAGCCAUGAUACUCUCAGGGAAAAUGUCUGCCAUGAAGGCUCUGUUGUAGUUUGGAAACUUAGAGGAGAAACUAUAUGCAGUUGGGGGAGGUAACCAGAAUUCUGAAGGGAGUGCAAGAGAAGAAUGAGAAGACUGAGGGAGAAUGUGAAGAGAAAGGGACUGAAGGGACACAGAGGCAGGAUACGGGCUCAGGAGACUAUGGGUACUUGAAGUGAGAAUGUGAAAGGGACAGGAGAGUGGUUGAGAUAUGUGGGGAGCAAUUGUGAAGAAAUGGGACAGCGAGGGAUAGCAUAGCAACUCCACUUCUCCAGAGGAGAUGGUAAGUAGAGUCCCUUUCUAAAGAGCCCUUGGGAAAGCUUACGUACCUUUGUGUGCAUUUGAGGUUGGAUUUUGAACUUGCAGUUAUCACACACCAAUUGUGGGCAGACAGCUUUGCACUAAAGGCUAAAAGGCAGAUCAGACCCCAAUGGAUUUUUGUAAUCAUGAUCUUUUGGUGAUCUGACUCAUAAUCUUGAAUCCUCUGGAUUAGCAAUGCCGCUAACCACUUCAUAACUAUAAUGUGCUUAAUUUUGUGCUCUUCCAUCUCUCUGCAACUCCUGAAAAGAAAACAGAUAUGUCAGGAAUAAAGUAAAUCCUAUUAGUUCCCAAUACGUUUUCCUCAGGUUGUAUGUAAUGCCUUAUUUUGAGGGCCUAAGUGGAGCCUCAGAGGUGCAUUGGCCCUCUGCACAAUCACAAAUAUCAUUAUUUGCACUUUUUAAAAAAUGUGCACUCCUAACUUAAGUGUUUAUGUGAAAAAUAAGUCCAUAUCUGGAUAUGAAAUUAUGAUCAGUCCCAAUCCCACUUUGAGUUAACACAUGGCCCAUACUAUCAAAGUUCAGAUCAGCAGAACACAGAGCCAUGAAGCAGAGCAAAAAAAGAUGAUAAAGUGAGUGUUAUCAGCAGAACCAGGAAAAUUAUUUAAUGCUUCCUUCAAAAACAGCAAGUAGAAGGAUAAGUGUACAAACAUAGGAACAAGUCUAAAUAAAGUUCAGUGAUCAGGGCUUUAUCAUUUGAUAUCACAGAAAUAAGGAACUCUAAAUUUUGGUUAAAAAUAAGUCUUUUGCAAAACCUAGAAUCAUUAAUCAAAUUAUGUUUACCUGAAAAACUAUUACUAGUUAGGGUUCCAAAUAAGGGAACCUAUUAAUUUUAAAAUAUCAAACAUUUUCCCUCAGAAACUGUAUAAUGUGUCUUCCAUUGGAUAACUAAUUCUCAACAUAAUUUUAUGCUUUAAAAUACUUUCUGUUAUGCUAAUUGUAUUAUAUAUGGCGGGAGACCUUUUUCCUCAUUAUUGUAAAUAAAUCCAAAUCCCUAACAAUUGGAAAAUAUGGUUUUAUUAUCCUGAAUUUAGAUUUCUAAAUUACAGCUUCAUAAAGAUUUUCAGGAAUCCAUGAUAGAUUCCCCACUUCACAAAUAGAGGUGUAAAAGGCAAACACUUUGAGACCUAAUUUUGGGAAUGGCCCAUGCUAAUUGCAUUGGUAGCUUGUUUUGCUCUGCUUCUAUUGUUUAAAUAUUUAUCUUUCACUUUAUUUUCAACUAACCCCCCUUUAUUUUUACACUUAGGUCAUGCUUCUGUGAUCAGAGCCACUUGGUGGAUCCUUGUGCCCAUGUGGUUUUCAGUGCAGGACUGGGGCCUUACUUGAGAAGUAUUCACUUUGAGGGCCUGAUCUUGCUCCCACUGAGAUCAGUGUCUAAACUCCCAUUGAUCUUAGAGGACUUUGAUUAGAUUUUAAGGACCUGUCCAUGCACUACAAAAGUCAAUAGAAGUCUUUCCAUUGACUAAUGGGAGUCAGAUCCAGCCCUCCCUGGGAAUUCCUCUAUUAUUUACCUUUUCACAUUGAGAAGAUGAACUUUUAAAUAAAGGAAGCAAAUACAUUUAAAACUGGGCCUUGAUCAUGCCUGUUUUACUCGCAGUAGUGUAUUGAUAUUGGAUAUUCACAAUAUUGUGAAAAUACUGUGAAUUACAAGUCAGGAACAACACUUGUGAAAAAUAAUUUGAAAUGUGUUUUAAAAUAUGCAAGAUGUUUCAUACCCUUCUGUUAGUGCUGGUGUCUACAUACACACUCUCACAAAUAUUUUUAUUCUGUAACUUGAUGAUUAAUUAUUUAAAUUAAGCUGUACUUUGAAAUGUUAAUUGCUUAUUUUACAUAACUUUGUGAAUUCUUCACUCUGUCAGCUGGCCUGGGGCUCAUGAAUAUGCAUUAAAGGUGCUCAAAGAUUUCACUAACUGAUUUUGUAAACUGUUAAAGGAGGUAAGCUUCAAGGGUCAUCUUUGUUUUCCAUCUUAUGUUUUUAGGCUUUUGGGGAUGGAUUCAAAUAUAGAAUGGAACAAGAUAUUGCGUUGAUCUUCUUGUUUUGGUGGUUUUGUAUUUAGAUGUUCAUUUUGGCUGAAUUAAUCAGUUAGCAGGCUACUGUAGAUUAGCUUUAGAACAGAAUGCAACUUAGUACUUUACAGCUAUAUAUUAGAAUACAUAUGUACAGUUCACAUAGUAUAAAUUAUUGAAUAAAUAAUAUCCAGCUGCUAAACAACAAACUUCCACACAUAGUCACUUUACUCAGAAUUGUUUGAGGGCACUUUAAAUUUACUUAUCGAAAGUGAUCACACUAAAUAUUAAUGCACGUGCAUUUACAAAUUCAAGUUUGAUUCAGAGAGGAAUCAUUGGGAGUAAUUUCUCAACUAAACAGGAAUCAGAACAUACCUAAACACUUGAUGGUAAGUGUAUUUCAGUGUGUCACCAGGGCUUGAAAAUGUAUAGGAGCUUGAAAAAUAGCUGCUUAGUAUAUAUUGCUAAGUAACAGGAAAUAAUAAGAAUGGAGUCGAUGCAUACAAAAAAUAGUCACAAUUUUAAAUAUAAAGUACAUGCACAAUAAAGAAACUGCAUGUUAAAUGUAAGUAUACUUAACCUUGAACAUCAACAUCCUAUAAAAACUUCUGGGUGACAGUUCAUUUAUCUAUCUAGUAGUAUAAAUAAGUAAAGGGGAUGAUAAUAUUCUGUAAUUUGUGACCUUGUUUUAACUGGACAGAGUGGUUACUUUUUUAAAAGUGUAAAAGAAAUAACUUGACUUAUGUUUGAAUGUGUCACUUUGCUUGCUGUUAAAGAAUAUUUAUUAACCACAUGCAAAAUAUUGCUUAACAUUAUUUUUUGUACUUCUUAUUAAAAGUUAAUUUAAAUAUA